CCUCCACACUAAUUACCCCCAGCCGUGACUGCGCGCUGCUUUUACGCGCAGAUCGAAAGAGAAGGUAGAAGGACAGCAGGACUGCUGCGAUGAAAACAAAGUGGCAUCUCUAUAUUUUCUGGAGUGUUUUAUCACUUGGCCUCCUCAGCUGUGCCGGCGACACUUAUGAAUCUCAAUUCGCAAGAAGGAAAACGCUCUUCAAACCGGACACGCCAAAAUCCAAACUGUCAACAACGGGCAACAGAAAAUCCUCCCUCUGGUUACCUGCCAGCUCGUUUCCCUUGUCUCACCUCGGUCCCACUCCGGCGCCUGGAACACCUCGAUCCAUGCGUCAAGGUGAGACCCAGUCGGGCCUCGCCCACCUCCCAGACGUCUCUGUAACCUGCUCCGCGUCUGACUUUGUCGUGCGGGUCAAACCGGCCUUCUACGGCCAGGGCGCAGACGCAGAGGAGCUGAAGUUAGGUAACACCUGCAAAAGCAACGGAGUCCUCGGACCGCACGGUGACCUGCUCUUCAUAUAUCCCCUGACUGCGUGCGAUGCCGUGCGCCAGACCCCCCGCGGUUAUCUGGUCUACAAAUUUGUGCUCCACUUUGAGCCUUCGCCGAAACGUUUCCCAAGCAGCGCGCAGCGGAUCGAUGUCGAUAUUGAAUGCCGUUACCAAAGGAGCCAUCACGUGCACCAGCUGACUGUGCAGCCCACCUGGAGAACCGCCGUUGUGCGUAAGAAGCUGAGAGGAAGUCCACAGGAGUUCCAGAUCGAGUUGAUGGAUGAUUCGUGGAGCGGAGCAGCCAAGUCCCAGGUGUUCCAGCUCGGAAAGACGCUUAAUUUCCAGAUCUCUGCUGCUCAUCUCCCAGCCGGUGGGAAACUGUACAUCAACAGCUGCUACGCUUCACCAUCCACUGGCUCUGAGUCACCCCUCAAAUACACCAUCCUUGACAACUUCGGAUGCAUGCUGGACAGCAAGAGAGAGCCAGGGGCCUCUCGGUUCAUCUCUCGGACAGACAAGACCCUGAGAUUCUCCCUGAAGGCUUUCCAGUUCACAUCCGACCCUGACACAGAGGUCAAUAUUCACUGCAAGUUAUUUGUAACAUCUGAGGAGCCAGGUCCUGCGCACAAAUCAUGCACGUACAGAGGAAACAGGUGGAAGGCCCUGACUGGUGACGACUCCAUCUGUGAAUGCUGUGACUCGCAGUGUGUGACCUCCAAACCGCGGAGAGCCAUGAUGGAAGGCUCUGCAAGCAGUGGGUCAUUGCUGGUCUCUGAUGAGCCAUACACAGCAGAUGAUGGCUUUCUACCAGUCAGUCCCCCCUCAGUCAGCAUGAGCAGAGACGGCGAGGCUACAAUCAUUCAUUACAUUGAUUAUCGUGAGAACCUGUGGGGAAGUGAAGAUGUAGUAAUGUAUGAUGAGGAUGAAGAAGAGCAAGACAAUAUGGCAGAUGAUGAUGAUGAUGAUGAUGAUGAUGAUGGAGAAGAGGAACAGGAGGAGGAGGAGCAGCCAAAUGGGGUUAUCGUCAGAGUGAUGACAGAACCUGAUUUAGAGGAGUUAAGUUUCAGGGAGAGGAUCUCAGCGGGGGAGAAGAACGAGUCUGAACUGAGGGCUUCAGAUCAGUUCGAGCAGGACUGGUCAGGGCAUUUAGCAGAGGAGGAUUUUUCAGUGGGUGAAGAGGAGGACGAUGAGAUCUCUGAUGCGCAGCAGGUGAUCCAUUUGAAUCGGAGGGAAGGUGAAGACGGCCUGCAGAGAGCCUUCCGGCCCCUGGUGUCGGAAGGAGAGGAAGAAAACAGGGAGCACACAGGUGGAGGUGGAGAGGAGGACAGGAUGAUCGCCUCUGAGGCGGAGCAGAAGAACGAUGAUGAGGAUGUAGUAUAUGAUAGGGAGAUGACGUGGUAUUUCACAUGGAGGUAGUAUUAGUUUGAUGGUCAGUGCUCUGCUUUAAAGACUGUUGUUACUCUCCAUACCAGAAGGAUAUUCUGAGUCUUUUCAAUAAAACAUGAAAAUGCAAUUACUGGA